AUGCUGACUAUACAUCCUGAUGAUGAAAUCUUUUUUAUUUUUUCUUAUUAUGGAUACGAAAAACGUCUUCUUAUGCAAAAUGAUAGUGAUAUUUUGUUUAAACAUACUGGCUUUUCGAGCUUCACUAAUGCUUUCAAUCAUUUGAAUUUUAAAUUCGACAAAGAAGAAACUAAUAUUAUGAAUCGUUUUCAUCUUCAAAAGGCUUGGUUUCUUUGGCGUCUCGGUCAUUUUUGCGCAAACGAAAAUUUCAGAAUGCCUGUUCCAGAUCAACAAGGCUUUCAUACGACACUUCUUGACUUAUUGCCCUUUAUUCAAGAAUUGUUCACUAAAAAGUGGGGGAAAAUAGAUUAUCAUGCGUUUUGUCGAGGUUCAUGUAGCGCUACUAUAGUGCUAGAUGGACAUCAAAAAGCUACGAGAAGAGUUUGUUCUAUCAAAAAUAUCUCAAUCCCUAGUAUAGAUGGAACCAUUCGAGAAGUUAAGGUAGGAUGUUCUGCUACACCAGCUUAUAAAAGUAAAAAGUGUCAAGAACAUUUAUCAACUGAUGAAAAUGAUGAAGGAUCACAUUCAAAUAAUAAUCUUGUUAGAACACACCGUCACCGAAGAGCAAGAGCGAGAAGACAGCAAUUUAGAUUUAAUCUACGAUGUAAAACACAAAUCGAGAAAAAAAGACAAUUAGCACAAGCUGCUCUAGUUGCCUCUUCGUUAUAUGGUGAAUAUAAAAUCAUUGGCGAUCUGUGUCGAGGUAGUAAUGAUGAUAUCAUUCAUUGCCUAGAUGAAUGUGAAUAUUUUCACAAACAUCAAGAAAAAUUGAAUGACAUAUUAACUACAUCUAUUUUGUCAUUAGAAGAUAAUAAUCUUGUUAUGUUAAAAAGUUUUAAGAGUCUAUUUGAUAAUGCGAACACGACACGCUCUCUAAUUCAUAUCUUACUAAAAAUGUCUUUAAGAGAACAAAAAGCUUUUACAGGCUGGGCAAAAUUUUCGUUGAAAACUGAAAUGCGUAGACAUUAUGAACAAAUGAUAAACGCAUUCUCAAGAGUUGCGAAUCAUGAUUUGAAGUUAGAAAUGUUUUCUCCAGAACAAAGAGCGUUCAUUCAUGGCUUUCUCUGGAAUCGUGUACGAUCAAACGUGCCCGUAAAUUUUUCCGCUCCUUUAACACAGUUUGUGUCCAAUCUUCUAGUUCAGCAAAUACUUUCUUUUGCUCAGACAGACGUAGACGACACACCGAUUAAGAAUGAAACAAUUGAUCUUGAUUCGAUUCUUCCGAGAAUUGUUGGUCAUAUAAGAAUCGAAAAUUUUUUCGGCAUUCCGACGAAUAUUUCCAAUAGAAAAAUAGAUCUUUAUAAUAUAACGCGUCUUCCACUAUUUACCGAUGAAACAAAAGCAGUUUACACUGCAAAUCUUCCAACCCUUUUAUCGCUAAGUCAAGAUGGAAGUUCAUCGGAGUGGUCUGAUUAUAAGGAAAGAAAGUGCACAGUUGAUGAGAAAUCAAAUUAUAUGUUCUGCGCUGUUCCAGUACCUGUUUUCAGUUCGAUUCAAAAUCCAUGUCUACGAUCAACAGUUUUGAACGAUUCAACAAAAGAUUGUUUAAAAGAAAUAGUUGAUAUGCCUUCCCCACAAGUUGUGAAGUUCGCAAAUAACAUACAUGCUGUUAGUGUAUAUGCUCCUCUACAGUGUUUCGAAAAAGGUGAUAAAGAAAAUAAAAAUAUAUUUAGCAACGUAACAAAGGUAGCAAUUAUCAAAACAUGCUGUAAUAGUUUUGUAUCGUGUGGUGUUCUAGAUUUUUCAUCGUUUGGUAGUGUCUGCGGAAAAACAGAAAACUACUUGUUUUCCUUUAGCCGCACGCACAAUCAGCUAAAUGAUUCACCGCUAGAUAUAAAUAUUAUUGCUCCACCAUUCACUGAGAAAGAUCAUGGUAAUACUCACAGUUAUCGAACAAAAACAAACAGAAAACAAUUAUAUCCUUUUUUGAGUUCAGUUGGUGUCACCGAGUCAAGCCCGAAUCAACGAAGUAAACUAGUUAAAACUGUUCAACAAAAGCCUAAUCCUUUACCACGGAGAAUCUAUGACUAUAUGCAGAACUUAACUGAUUCAGAAUCUCACCAACUGAGCAUUACUUCUGAAGAAUUUUUCGAAGAAGAUUUUAAAAGUGAAGAUUGA